CGCAAUAAUCGUGAGACGGAUGACUGGCCAAUCGAUGAAUGUGACGGGCGUGUGUGAUUAUAAGACUAUCUAGUUACACGGGUGCAGUCCUAGCAACCCAGAAAAACCACAAAUUACCUUUACUAUGUAAAGUUGUGGUCAACUUGAGGAAUGUAGGUGGAGUAUGAAGUAUCCCGAUUGCCUAAUGCCUUGACAGUACUGGUAGCCACGUGGAGUCCGAGCGAGCAGUACGGAGAUUUAUAAACACGUAAAGUUGAGUUAAAAGUUGUGACGGAUUGCUAGUUCUGACAGUUCACCUUUUGAGACGCGUUACAAUUGUGAAAAUUUCGACUGGAUUUAAAAUACACAGACCAGGUAUGGGUCAAAACGGAGGAGAAACCGAGGCGGCAGCCUCAACUGUAACGGUUGUGAAAUCUAAACUUGUGGUUGUUGGAGAUUGUGGGUGUGGGAAAACAUCCCUCAUCAAACGAUACGUACAAGGAGAACAUAAAGAUACAUACACACCUACAGGUUUCGAUACCUACACAGCAACGUACCACGUGUCCGACACCUACAAAAUACAAAUGUCAAUAUGGGACACUUCCGGAGACAGUGGCUAUGAUCGUGUGCGUCCCCUAUCUUACAGUGAUGCCGACCUUAUCCUUGUUUGUUUUUCCGUUGCUGAUCCUGAAACAAUGGAGUCUGUUGUUUCUAAGUGGUACGGAGAGGUACGGGAACAUUGUCCAACACAGCCUAUUAUCCUGGUAGGGUGCAAGACUGACCUGAGGUCGGACACGGAUUUCACAGCCAGACUUGCGCGCAAAAAACAGUCAAUGGUUACUUAUGAUCAGGGUCUAAAGACAGCAAAACAUAUCGGCGCUCUAGUGUAUUCGGAAACAUCAUCCAAGACAUCUCAUAGGAGUGUUUGUGACGUAGUUGAGGUAGCCGCUCUGUCUUCCGCCGGAAAUAAAAGUACCGCAGAAACGACGAACUUUAGACGCCAGAGGUCAUUCAUCAGGCGUAAACGCUUCAGUGGUAUCGGGGAAGCGAAAGUUCAUUUACGGAAGGAGGCUGCCAAGAGUUGUGUUGUCAUGUGAUCUUUUUUGUCUCAUAUCAAAUUCAUAUUCUUACAAGUGUUGUGAUAUUUCUUUUAAUUUACCAUUGGUUAUGUUGAUAACGCUAGACUUAGCCAAAGCAAUAUUUGCUCAAAGUGGAGAUCGAAGAGGAGAGUCGAUUGAACUAGUAUUCUGUGAUGGAAAAUGGUCUGUACAUACAGUGAUAAGUCAGCGAUAUCCAGAUUUGGACAAAGAAGGAUAAGACACGAAAUGUAAUGUGAUUAAGGAAAGUACGUUGAAAGACGUCUUCUUUGGACGCUGUUGAUACGAUGAUAAUGACGUCAUUUAUGAUGCCGAAUUCAGGUUUUGGUCAGUGAAAGGUGUGUGAGUCACACAAAUGGUGCCAAGCUAUCUAGUCAUAUACAGAGACGGUUGAGCUGCUCCUUUUGCAUCACAAUAUAUUGGAUUGCACGUGCGUUUUUGUGUCCGUUUCGUUUGCUUCUCGUUCACCUUGAAUCCAGUUCCCAUGGUGAUUACUGAGUCUUACCGGACAUUUGCAUAUAUAGACUGGCUAUAUACACCACUUGUGUUUUUUUCAAUAUUAUUUAUUGAUAUUUAUUGAAAUAUGAAAGAAAGCGAGACACGUGGAUAUUUGUAUGUAAAUCUCCCCUUACAAACUUUGAUGUGAUAAGUUUAAUUAUCCAGAACAAAAUUUAUUUAUUUAACAGGUUACGCUGAUACUGUACGAGAGUGUGAGUUAGAAAUAUCUAGAUGACAAUUUGUAAAGAGAGAUAAACUAGUUAAUGUAGAUGACCACGAGGGCAGUCGGGACAUAUUCGGGUCUUUCCGGUCACCUCUUUGCACUAGCCGGAAAAGCCCGACUAUACUCGCUUGCAACGUUUGAACACUCGACUACAGAAUUCCUUCCGUUUUAUGUUGGAUAAACACAUCACGGAGAUUCCAUGUAAAAUGUAGACUUUUUUUGUUAAAAUAGAUAAAAAAAUAAUCAAAUGCUAGUACACAUGUACCAAGACUUGGAUAACUGUCUCUAUUGGUUGUUUAUCCAUUUAAAUGGAGUUUUAUUUCUGCAUAAUAAGAUGUACAGUUGUAGAAUAUUUAUUUUUUGGUAGACAGCAUCAGAUGGUGUUUGUUUAUAAACUUCCUUUUUACAGGUGACUCUCAUAUGAUAAACAGGUGGUAAACGGAUUUUUUUUUUUGCUAAAAGUUUUGGAGGAUUUCGUUUUUGAUUAAUUUUACAGAAAUCCAAAAUGAAAAAGUACAUAAACACAUACGUGGCUCUGCUAUCAAAACUGGCGAGCACAGUCUCGCAUGCAGAUUUUUUACUGAGCUUGUAGAAUUUGUCAUUCGGAACGCCUCUUUCCGAUUCCAGUACCUUCUAUAAGAUAGCAGAAGCAAAUGUGUUCCUUAUAUUUUAUUGUAUAGCUAUUCGGAACUCUCCUGUCAAAAAUACUAUCGAUGUGUAUUGUACUGAAAGAAUGACAAUUUGGAUGCAUAUAAGAAUGUCAGGGUUUUAUUCUAGGCUUCCGUUUUGUUGAAAUACGAAUGUCUUUCAUCCAUUGUAAAUGUUGUCUCUGUUACGUCGCGGUAAUAGCAUUCUCUAACACUUUCAUCCUGUGUUAUCUACUGUAUUGUAUUAAACGUUUCCACUGAAUGAAACCUGCUUGGCAAACUUCAUGCUUGGAAUUAAUUGUAUCGACAGUUUUUGGUGGAGUAGUCUUUCCAUUGUAAUUAAAAUCAUAUGAACUUGACAUCAUUCCCAACCUCGGUCCUCAUGUAUAAUUAUAUAUGAUCAUGAGGUUAGAAACUAGUGUCAAGUCCCUGUGAUAGAAAUCAUGCUUAAACAUUUGCUUUAAUUUGUCCCAGUGAUAGUUGUUAAAUUUCUUCUUUUCUAAAUAUCAAGUUUCCGUUACUACAAUUUCAACUUUCCAAAGGACGUCGUGUUAAUUUCAUGACGUUUGGUAUUUUGCUGUAAACUCUUUUAAUCAACUUGAGUAAUGUCAAGAAGAUAAGCUUCAUUCGCGUGGCAUUACUCGGUUAUCUUUUCCUACUGUGUUUCAGUCAUUAAACAUAUCAAUUAUAUUCCUUUGUAUAAUAUUUGGCAUUAUUAGCGGCAUUUGUAACUAGAAAAUUGUUAUAUUUCUCGAUAUUGAAGGCAAAUCUAUUUCGUACAUAACUCCAUUUGUCACCUUGCCAAUUUAUUAAUUUUCAAUAUUUUAAACUAGAGAGAACAAAUAUGUUUCCUUAACUUAUAUGAUGUUUCAGUACUUUGAAGUUGCCACCACCUUUGUUGAAAGAGUGUCGGUGAAAUGGUGUGAAAUGAAGUGAGCUUUCAGAAUUAAGAAAUAGAGAGCGUGCAUGUAUCCUUUGGAUACAGGUGUCAUUGUUAUUCCAGACGUAUAAAACGAGAGAUUUUUGACGAGCGAUGGAACUAAAUAAAUUUAUGGGA